AUGCAGCACAACUACAGGCGAAUAAAUUACAUACAGCUUGAGCAUGAGCUGAGUGUAGAGGAGUACUACUCAGCAGAUUCAGGGCUAAGGAUAAUUUUGAGUAAAAUAAAAAGCCCGAAGAUAUAUGGCUAUUUCACAGUAUUAACAGAAGCAGAAAAUGAUGAAGGGUUACCACAUACACUAGAGCAUUUAAUUUUUCUGGGUAGUCACAAAUAUCCGUACAAAGGUUUACUAGACUUUUUAGCUUACAAGUGUUUAUCAGAGGGAACAAAUGCAUGGACAUCUGUGGAUCAUACCUGUUAUACAAUAGAAACAUUUGGUAUAGAAGGUUUUAGUAAUAUAUUGCCAAUCUAUUUAGAUUUUAUAUUAAGUCCAACUUUAGAAGAGGAUAUGUUUUUAUCAGAAGUUCAUCAUAUAUAUGAAAAUGGUACACAUAAUGGUGUUGUAUACUCUGAAAUGAAAUCAGUUGAAAACAAUUGUGAAAAUAUAGUAGAGAGGACAGUAAUAACUAAUUUAUAUACUAAUGAGAAAAGCGGGUAUAGGUAUGAGACAGGGGGUACAUUAGAAGGUUUAAGAAAAACUAAUAAUAAGAGAGUAAAAGAAUAUUUUAAAAAAUUUUACAGACUAAAUAAUUUUGCAAUAAUAAUUUUUGGUAAUUUUGAUAAUGACUGUAUUUUAAAUAUAAUAUAUAAUUAUGAACAAUAUCAUUUAGAAUUAUAUCCAAAUCAAAAAAGAAAAAAAAAAGAGAAUUAUCAAGAUAAUAUGCAACAGGAUUAUAAAGAAUGUGUAGAUAUGUUCGUUCAAGAUAUGCAGAGUGUGUCAAGACCAUGGAAUGAUGAAGCUAAUAUUGAAAAAAGGAAUAACUCAAAAAUAAUAAAAAAAUAUUACCCAUGUAAUAAUUUAAAUAAUGGACAAGUUACUAUCGCAUGGAGAGGAUGUAAAUGGAAUGAUUUUAAAACGAAACUGUCCAUUUCUCUUUUAGGUAAUUAUUUAACCGAUCUGACCACCUCACCCCUUAGUAAGAGGCUCCUAGAGGAUAAGGAAAACACGUAUUGCAGCAGUUUGGACUUUUCCCUCGAGGAUUUGAAGGCCAAUUACUUCACCGUGGAUAUAUAUGACGUUUCCUACAAGUUUAAGGCGCGCGGGCAGGCGGAGAAGACGGGUCAAUUGGAAAAGCUAAAUGAUAAUCCUAUUGAUUCCCUCGCAGAUCAUCCCACUGAUAAAACCGCCAACCCUACUGAUAAAAUUGCCAACCCCACUGAUCAAACCGCCAACCCCAUUGAUUGUAACCCUCUUGCAGAAAAACCGCAAACUGUUAAGAUGAACCUGGUGGGUGAUAUAACGAGGAGCUGCUUGGAGGAAGUGUACGAUCACCCAAUGAACAUGGACAGACUUCGAAACAUCAUCAUCAGAUCGUACUUGCAGCACUUGAGGGAUCUAGAAACAUCCCCACAGUAUUUGCUAAACGAAUUUUUGAUAAAAUAUUUUAUUUAUGGUAGGAACAUAGAGGAUUUGGAAAACUGCUUAAAUUUGAAAAAAAUUUAUAUCGGUUUGUUAAAUGAGAAUGAAUGUUAUUGGAAGGAAAUUUUAAAAAAAUUUUUUAUUGACAAUCACUACGUAGAGGUAAGAUGUUACCCUAGUUAUAAAAAAGCAAAGAAAAUUGAAUUGUUCGAAAAAAAAUUGGUAGAAAGUGAGCAGAAAAAAUAUGGAAUGGAAAAAUUAAAUAAUAUGGUGAAACAUAUAAGGAAAAUAAAGGAAAGCAUGGAAAAGAAACCGCCCAAAAGUUUGCUAAACAUUGUGAAGUCCGCCAGUCCUAAAAAUGUGUUUAUCGAUGGAAUUACAGUUUUUAGAAAUUUCAAGUCGGUGGAAAGGGAAUUGGAAGAGGAGAUAUCAAAAGAGGGGUCCACCAAUGAACUGUGUGAUACCAAGAAUUACAUGGAUGGAGCAAAUGGAGCGCAUGCCUCGGAAGAGGGGCUUCCCCAUGUAAACGGGAUAAAUGUAUCUGACGAUGUUGCUGGUCUUUUGCAAUCAAUUGAGAAUGAUUUAAAGCGAGUGAUAUUUCCUAUCCAACUGAGUUAUAUUCAAUCGAACUUCGUUUCGAUAAAUGUACUUAUAAACUCGAACAACAUUGAUGAGGAGUUAAAGAAAUACAUUCCUCUGUUAAGUUACUUACUAUUCGAAACAGAUGUACAGGUGAAUAAUAGAAGUGUUAAAUGUGAAUUGUUUAUGGAAGAGUUGAUAAGAAAUACAAUAAAUUAUGACUGCAAUUAUGGUUUAGGAGGUAAUGCAAAAAAUUUUAAAUCUGGAAAUUUAGGAAAUAUAUUAUGUAUACAAAUAGUAGGGUUAUUACAGAAUUAUGAAAAGUUAUUUGAUCUUUUAUUUUUGUCAGUUUUUAAAAUGAAUAUAACAUUAGAAAGACUAGAGUUGAUACUAAAAUCUGCUUAUCAGAAUUUAUUACAAAAAAAAAUAAAACCCAAAACGUUAGUUGUUAAUUUAGAAUAUGCAUUAAGGUAUAUGAAGAAUAGUAACUCAGGUAUAGUUUCCAUAGGACAACAAGAAUUAAUUUUACAACUAAUUGAAAAUAAAAAGAAUUUGGACGAAUUAUAUAACAAGUUGAAUACUUUAAAAACUCAGCUCUUUCAUUUGAAAAACUUUGCUCUAGUUAUCGAUGGGAAUUUUUCAAAAAUAAAAAAUAUUUUCGCGUGGUAUGAUAAAUGGUUCAGUAUUCACAAGGAGGGCAGUUACACUGUAAACGACCCAAUCGUGGACCUGUGCUUUGGUGAAGCAGAAACGAAGAGAUUGGGUGAAAUCAAAGGACUGGAUGAACCGAAGGCAGAAGACAAAACAUACGAAACAGAUGAAACGAAUGAAGCAGAUAAAUCAGAUUGUCGUAACUCUUGCAAUUAUUUGGAAAUUGCCACGAACUAUGAUGAGAAUAACCCCCCCUGCGCUUCUCUAUAUGAAGAGACUUCCAACGUAAGCUCUGUCAAUCACGUCAGUACAAGCACUGGGGAAGGAAGCAAAGAUGACAAAGAUUGCAACAUUAGAAGCAAUGAGGACAGAAAAAUUAACAAUGAUGGAGGUCAAUGUAACGAUGGAAACACAGGCAAGAACGAAGGAAUCCUAGUAGGGGGAGUCUCUAAGCCGAAGGGGGAAUGCAAAUAUGUUUGCUUGGGGCCGAGCGUUCACAGAAGCUUGAAGAAAUACCUGGAUGCAGAAUUCGAAAAGGAAGACAAGAAUUUCAUGCAUAAUAUAAUAAAGAAUGACGCAUAUAAUGGAAUAGUAUGUGGCAUAAAAAGUACGGAUGUAUCCUAUUUGAAACUAACAGUUAAAGCACCUUCAGGAUAUGGUAACAAAGAUUACUGUGCUUUGUUAAUAUUACGAGAAUUUUUUUCUAUGACAGAAGGACCGUUAUACAGUAGUAUAAGAGGUGGAGGCUUUGCAUAUGAGUGUGCAUUAGAAUUUAAUUGUAUUUUAGGUGAAUUAAGUUUGCGUAUAUAUAGGUCUAGUGAUAUUAUAUGUGCAUUAAAAGAAGCAUUAAAAAUUUUUGAGUAUUAUUGUACAAAUGAAAUGAAAGAAGAUGAAUUAUCCAUUGCUAAGUGUAGUGCAUACUAUACUAUUUUUAAUAACCAAGAAACUGUAUUAGAUAGAGCUUCACAAACCAUUUUUUUAAGUCUAAAAAAUUUAAGUUUAAACUUUUAUGAAAACUUAUUAGCACAAAUUGAAAAUAUUACUACAAAAAAUCUUUUAGAAAUAUGCCAGAAGUACUUAUCUCGUAUUGUUAAUUUUAAAAUGGAUGAGCAUAACGCAUUGAUAGGAUCUACCUUAUGUAUUAUCUGUUGUUCAGAAAAAACGGAUGAAAUUCAAAAUUCGUUGAAAACAGAUAUCAAGUUUGGACAAAUUUGUAAUUUGAACGUUGGUCAGCUUUUUCAUUUUUUCAAGCAUUACGAUUUGGUUUCGUGUCUUAAGGUCUCUUCAUACAAAACUAAUGGGGAAGAUCCGGGUGAGAGCAGCGAUGCGAAUAGAGAUACCCAUGACGACGAUCGUGGUAAUGAGGAUGGUGAAAGUGAAGAUGGGGAAGACGUUACAGAAGAUUCUUCAAGCAGUUGCAAAUCCUCGAUUUAUUUGGACGAUGACAGCUAUCCCGGGUAUUCAGACUAUUAG